AUGGCAUCUCUUACACAAGGUGAGUUCAGCCGUCAAAUUGAGGAGAAAGAAGCGCUUGUCUCCCAGCUGACCAGAGGCAAACAGGCCUUCACACAGCAGAUUGAGGAGCUGAAGAGACAUAUUGAGGAGGAGGUUAAGGCCAAGAAUGCUCUUGCCCAUGGCCUGCAAUCAGCCCGUCAUGACUGUGAUCUGCUGAGGGAGCAGUUUGAGGAGGAGCAGGAGGCCAAGGCUGAGCUGCAGCGUGGAAUGUCCAAGGCCAACAGUGAGGUGGCACAGUGGAGAACUAAGUAUGAAACUGAUGCUAUCCAGCGCACUGAGGAGCUUGAGGAAUCCAAGAAGAAGCUGGCCCAGCGCCUUCAGGAGGCUGAGGAGCAGAUUGAGGCAGUGAACUCAAAGUGUGCCUCUCUUGAGAAGACCAAACAGAG